CGUCGUUGCAUACGAGGUUCCGAUCGUCUCGUUGCCUACGUGCAGCCCGUUAAGGAGACAGACAAGUUUCCACUCGUAUUCCGCGACCCCGUCCCGGGUGCGUGAGACAUCGGGCGACGAUGCUCCCUCGCGGCGUGGCCACGGCGUUCGCUUUCCUAGCAUCGCUCCUUCUCUUGACUCGGGCCCAGUACGAAAAGUACAGCUUCCGAAGUUUCCCCGCAGACGAGCUGCUGCCGCUGGGCUCCACGUUCGACUAUGCGAUGCAGCAGUACACGGAGCGCAACUGGGCCGAGAGCAUCAAAUACCUGGAGCACAGCUUGAGGCUUCACCGGUUGCUGCGGGACAGCGAGGCGUUCUGCGGCCGCAACUGCAGCUCCGUCAGCCGAGGAGACGACGGGUACGACGCGCACCUCCGCGUCUUGCAACACAUCCUUCUGAGGGCAGCGUGCCUGAAGAAGUGCAAGGCCGACCUUCCCGUGUUUCAACUCGCCUACCCGAGGCGAGACCUUCUGGACACUUUCAAGAAAAGGACGCCUUAUCGAUACAUACAGUACGCGUACUUCCAGCUGAACGAUUUAGCGAAGGCGGUGUCGGCGGCCCACACCUACCUGAAGAAAACCCCUAAAGACCCCCAGCUGACCAAGAACAUGAACUACUACAAGACCCUGGUGGACGUGAACUCCUAUCUCAUUGACCACGAGGAGCAGCCAUAUGAGAGCAUGUUUCUGACGAGUGUGAAGCUGUACAACAGUGGCGACUUCAGCGGCAGCGCUCGGCACAUGGAGCAGGCCGUCACCUCCUACUUAGAUGUGUACGACACCUGCUUGGCCGCCUGUGAUGGAUCCUACGAGAUCCUUGAGGUCAAGGAUUUCUAUCCGACGCUGGCUGAUCUAUACCUGGAGGCGCUGAGAUGUAAGGUGGACUGUGAGGAGCACUUGACCCCCAACGUGGGCGGCUUUUUUGUGAACAACUUUGUGGCCACCGUGUAUCACUAUCUUCAAUUCUCAUAUUAUAAACUAAACGACGUAAAGAGCGCAGCGCCGUGCGCCGCCAGCUAUAUGCUGUUCGACCCCGAUGACCAGGUGAUGCGUCAGAACGUGGAGUACUACCGCCACUACCGGGAACAAUGGGGUCUAGCUGAUACAGACUUCCAACCGCGGCCCGACGCUGCUCGGUACUACAACCAGACCACCAAGCAGAAGGAGAUGCUGCAAUUUGCCAUCAACUACCUGCAAACGGAGGACGAGGGUGAAGUGAGUCCGGAAGCAGCGGCCGCCUCCAGGCGCUCCGAGCAUCCCGACGCUGAGUUCGAGGGGGUCGGCGACUACGAGGAGUCCCUCAUGUCCGAGUGGUGGCAGGAGCCCAAGACCAAGUGGGACACGGGUGAUGUGCCGGAGUGAACUUUGAACCUGGAAAAGAAAGGAGGAACUCAUCGUGUUGAUCGAGAUGAAAGAUCGACGUGUUCGCUCUUUGGCUGUCAUCAGCUUUUAUUAUAAUAAUUUGUAUUUUUAUACUGUCUGUGCCACGCCCCCGCAGGUUGAAUUCAAACCAAAUUAAAUACUUUUUUUUAUACCAAUAAUUGUAUCCAUAUUAAAAUAAGGUCAUUGUUUGUAUUUGAUUGUACAUCUGCAUUGUUCAAGUCUGAUAAGAAAAAGAUAAGACCUUA